CCUGUCUGAAUUCUUAUACUUUGUGGAGUAUUUUUUUUCUUCACAAGAUGAAGACGCUGGCGUUAGUUUUAGUCUUUGGAGUGGUUUGCUUUGGAUUUGAACCAUUGUCCCCUGACAAGACUUGUCCGAAUUUGAAAUUAUCAGAGUUCUACGAGGGCCAAUUCCUAAAUAGGUGUAAGGAAGGUCAGACCCCCCACUGUCUGAUUGAUGACAAAAAUAGACAUGGACGGGUGUGUAUAAAGGCGGUAACCAUCCCGGCAGGAGAAUGUCCGUUCUACGAUUCGGAGAGGAGCAUGAUAGAUAAGAGGAGAUGUAUUGGGGAGGAUUGUCCUAAAAAAGAUAUACCGUCCAAUGCCGCCAGUAUAUAUGAAGGAUGCUUUCAAAAAUUCAGAUACAGGAUGUUUUCGAGAAUUCAGAUGGCCCAAAAGUCCCUUGGAAUUUCAAAGUAUCCACAUCUGAUUUACACCACCUUUCGAAUAUAUUGUUGCACAGUACUCUUGAAGUUUCUCCUUCAUUACCGUUAAUAUUUGAAUGAGGGGUAAAGAAAGAGACUUGGUUGAAAAUUUACUGGAACCAGCUAAAUAUAUUUGUUUGUAGGGAUUUUUAUGAAGUGUCGAAAUCUAAUACUAGUAUAUG